ACCUCCGUCCGCCAGACACCCCUAGUUAUAACCCCACACCCAUAGAGGAACUUAACAAGCGUAAGAGGUCUGUAGAAGGCAGUGAUAAGGAAGUGACACCAUCCAAGGUUAUGAAGUAUGUCCCAUCUAAUCUAUCAGCCAGUAGUGUUAUUUCAGAUGUUUUGGAAGGAGAAGUUAAUACCAAAAGUUCUGUAGACAGUGAAGCUACAGAUUUCUCUUCUGAUGAUGGUGAGGGUGAUAAAAAAAGAGAUGAUUUUGAUAUCCUAGAAGAGGUGCUUGCAGAACACUCACAGAAUAAUAAGAUUAAAGUGAAGAAAAAGAGAGUAAGGGCUCUUGGUAAGCUUCAGUAUAAUUUAUGCACUACAGAGAAAACUACUAAAAAUUCAACUGUGAUUUCAGAUGCACAAUGUAUGUCAAAUCUUGACAGUAGUAGCUGUGAUACAUCAAAGAAAAAUUCAACUGAAAGUCAGGACAUUGGCAGAAGGAUCUUACUUUUUGCCCCCAUCUCCAGUUUUUACUUCAUCUUCAGAUGGAUUUGGAAUGUUUAAUAGCACUGUGUAUACUACAUCUAAAACUGACAGUGAAAAUUGCAAAACCAGUGAAAAUGUACCUGGAAAAGAAGAGAAGGAAGUGAAGGAGAAAGAGGAAAAAGAGAUAAAUCCAGUAAAAGUCAACAAUCCAAUACAGAAAAGUGAAGUAAGUGUAAAGCCAAAAGAACAGCCAAGUAAAGAUGAAGUAAAGAAUAAAAGCAAAGGCCAUUCUUUACUUCCCCAAGUUGUCCAUACACUCAGUGCCCCCAAAAUAUCUAGACGCAAUAUUAGAAACUGGACUCCGCAGGUUCGGAGCACAGUACCAGAAGUAAAAGAGACAGGUGAUCCGUUAGAAGAAAUCUUACAGUUAAUGGAUGGGGAAGAUUCACAGCAAACAGCUGACUCGAAAGAAGAUUCCAAAAAGACUCAACAGAGAGUAGAAGCUUCAAAAACUGUUAAAAAGUAUAAAGUUGAUUUAGAUAAGGAAAUUCUAAGUUUAGCAAAUUUGUCAUCAAAUAAAGAGGAAAUUCAACCACCUCCAACUGAAAAUUCAUCACAAGAAAAGCUAGAAGUAAACACUACUAGCAAUAGUGAGAAGCAAAAGAUGAAAAAUACUGUUCAGGGAGAGAACUCAAAAGAAGAACAAAAGAAAUUACCAGAUAAAGAAACAGAAACUAAGGAUUCUCAGUCAGAGAAGAAGGAGAGAAAGAGUGAAAGUGAAAGUGAAGAUCCAGAUCUUGAUUCAGAAGAUGAGGAAGAUGAUCCUGAGAAAGAUGAAAAGCAAAGAAAGGAAAAUAAGGGAGAUGUUUCAGCCAAAGAUGAUGAGAGCAGUGACUCUGAACAUAGACGGGGAAGACACAGGAGAAAGAGGAAGAGGGAUCGGUCAAGCAGCUCAGAUUCAGAACAUUCUUACCACAGAAGAAAGAAAAAGAAAAGUCACAAACGGCGUAGGAAAUACAGCCAUAGUAAGAAGAAAAGAAAACAUCGUAAUAGUAGAGGUGACUCAGAUGAUGAGGACAGUAAGGACUCAAACAGAGAUGAAGAAGAGAGUGCGGAUGAGAAAAGUGAUGCUAGUAGAGAGAACAGCCAGGAUGAAGAGUUAGAUAAGGUUAAAAAACACAAGAAACACAAGAAAAGAGGAAAGCAUCAUAAGAAAUAUAAAUACAAGAGAAGGAGAAGCAAAAGCAAGAAAAAGAGAAACCGAAGCCACAGUAGUAGUCGCAGUUCAAGCAGGAGCUCUAGUGAGAGCCGAAGUAGAAGCAGAAGUCACAGCAGAAGUCGUAGUGAAAGCCGAGACAGAAGUCGCAGCAGAAGUCAAAGCCAAAGCCCUGGUAAGAGAAAAAAUAAAGAUAAUCAGAAGAUAUGUAAUAGAAGGGAAAGUGAGGAUAGCUUAAAACGAAGAAACUCUACAAGUGAUAGCCAAGGAAAUGCCAAGGAUAAAACCCAGCCAUUAUCAGUACCAAUGCCAGUUGAUCCAAGCAAAAUAAAAAUUGAAAAGGAGCCCACAGUUCCUGAUCUGUCAAUUGUCAAAAUUGAGAAAGACUUAGAACAGACUUCUUCUGUCUCUGGCAAAAAAGAAGAGACCGAAAGUCAUGGUGAGAAAAAAAGUUCAGGUGACUCGAGCACUAAACAGGAGAGAAGUUCACAUUCAAAGCCUAGUAGUGACAUUUCUUCCAAAGAAAGUGAGAAAGCUAAGCAGGGCUCAGACAGAGAGCACAAGAAGAGUAGGCAAGAUAGAAAAAGUAGUACAGAUAGCAUGUCUGACAAAGGUUUCUCACAGAGGCGCCAAAGUACAGAAUCUAAAAAGUCAGAAAAUGAAAGCAUCUCAGGAAGCAGCAAACAAGGAAUAAAAAGAAGAGGUAGUGAAGAUUCUUGCAAGAAAGAAAACACUGCUCAGGAUUCUCAGGGUAAAGUCAUGUCUAUGUUUGAUAUGGUGAUUGCCAGCACUCAACAGGUACAAAAGCCAAAAGUUCUGAAGGAAAUCUCUAUUUUUGAUGCUGUGGCAGCCGCUGGUAAUGACAGCAAUGAAGACUCAACAGGAGAUGACAUCGAUAGUACAGAGCCUUUUUUGAAUGAUGAUUCACUUAAUCAGAAGAGUGACACUCCUUCAAAAGGUAAAUCAGGCCAAAGCUCUAAAACUGAGAAAUCGGUAGAUCGUUCAUCCAGCUCCAGCUCUCGCAAAGAUAACAAAAAUGAGUCCAAGAGAAAGCAUUCUUCUAGCAGUAGUAAAGAAAAGAGUAGUGGUCAUAAAAGUUCCAGUAGUCAUCACAGUAGUUCUUCCAGCAAGCACAAAAGCAGUAGUAAUUCUAGUAAACACAGCAGUACUACUGUGAGUAGUAGUACUAGCAGCAGUAAGGAGACUCAUUCCAGCAAAACCAAAGAAAAAUCAGGUGUAACUUCUAGCAGUCACUCAAGUGGAAAUGCUAAACAUCAUAGCAGCAAACAUAGCAGUAGUUCAAAGAGUCAAAAGAGCAGCAGCAGUAGCAGCAGCAGCAGAAAACACAGCAGUGGAAGUCAUUCCAAAGAUAAAGAACACGGCAACAGUGGAAGCAGUAGCAGUAAAGCUGAUGGAAAAAUCAAAGAAUCUUCCAGAAAUAAAAGAUAUUCCACAGAAAAUGAAGCAUCAAAUGGGAUUUGUGAAAGAGAAUCUUGUAAUGAUGGAAAUGAUUCCCCACUACCAGACCUUUCUGCACUAGAUGAGAUCCCACAGGAUGAUUGGGAGCAAAUGAUUAAUUCUAGUGAUAGAUAUGAUUUGCAGCAUUUAGAGAAUCUGGAUGAUAAUGAUGAGGAUUAUGAUCUAGAUGACUUAGAUAAGGAUGAUCCAGCUAUAAUGGAGGAAUGCAUGAGGAUGUUCAACGAAUACCAACCUGAAGAUUCUCAGCUUCAGAUGUCAUCUAAAAAGACAAAAGUAGUACCAAAAGAAGAACCAGAGUCCUAUCAAGGAAAGCAGCGUGUUGCACGUUCAUCAACAGGAAAUUUAGUUGCCAAGAAACCAGAGAAAGGGCCUCGCAGAAUGACACCAGCUCAGGUGAUGAUGGAAAGAUAUCAGAAACUGAAGGAGCAGCAGGCAGAGUUGAUGAAGCAGCUGAAGAAGCAGAAACAACAGAUUGAUGAGCAGAAUCGUGGCCGGUCAUCUUCUUCCUCCGCAGUGUCAUCAACUACCUCCUCCAGACCUUCAACUUUUCCAGCAUCAUCAUCAACAACUGUCAAAUCACCUCCAAU